UGAUUUAAUUUGAUUACCACAUAAUUUAGGGUAUAUAAAAAUGUUACAUGAAUUAUAAUUUACAAAUUGAACCGUCAUUUAAAAUGAAGUUACCAUCUUUGAUUUUAUUUUGCCUUCUGGCAACUGCAUUUGGUUCUCCAAUAUUGGAAGAAAUUGAAGAAACAUUUGCAUUAAAUAAUAAACUGAGUGGACGUAUUGUUGGUGGAAAUGCAGCAAAUACUGGAGCUUUUCCUUAUCAAGUUUCACUUCAAAGAGGGUAUUCACAUUUUUGCGGCGGUUCUAUUUUAAACAAACAUUGGAUUUUGAGCGCUGGUCAUUGUUUUCGCGAUAAAAAUUUAUUUGGCAAAAAUGUUGUCGUUGGAACGAAUAAUUUAAAGAAAGGUGGCGAUAGUUUUAAAAUAAAAAGAGUUAUUGUUCAUCCUCAAUUUAAUAUUAUGAAAUUGAAAAAUGAUUUAGCACUUAUUGAAAUUGAAGGAAUUUUAGAAUUCUCUUCAAAUGUAAAACCAAUUUCCCUACCGACUUAUGAUAUACGUGAGGCUGAUACAUCGGUUGUUGCAUCCGGAUGGGGUAGAUUAAAGGUAAACGGAGUAGUUCCCAUACAAUUGCAAUAUUUGAAUAGUAAAAUCUUCGAUCACGGGAAAUGUAAAAAAUUCAAUUUACUUGUAUCAGAGACGAAUAUUUGUACAUUCACCAAGAAAGGAGAAGGUUUAUGUAAUGGUGAUUCUGGUGGUCCAAUAGUAGCAGGUGAAUAUCAAGUUGGAAUUGUUUCAUGGGGAAAUCCCUGUGCCAAAGGCUCUCCGGAUGUUCAUACAAGAGUAUUCAGCUAUGUUGAUUGGAUCAAUGAGAAAUGUGCUUUUAUCAUAUUUUGUUACACAAAAAUGGUUUUAUCGAUUUUGAUUAAAAAAUUUGAUAUACUGAUUAGUUCAUAUAAAAACUGUAGAAAAUUUUCAAUUUUUUUCAAAGCUACUUCAGAGAAAAUGAAUUAUCUCACCUCGUUGAUUGUCCUCUGCCUAUUGGCAAAUUCAUUUGCAACGCCAUGGUUUGAUAAAUCCGAUGAACUUUCUGAAGAGGAAAUUUUCACUAAUAAACUCGACGGUCGUAUUGUCGGCGGAAGUCCAGCUCCUGAAGGCGGUUUCCCGUAUCAAGUUUCUCUUCAACGAAAUGGAAAGCAUUUCUGCGGUGGUUCUAUUAUAAAUUCACAAUGGAUUUUGACAGCAGCACAUUGUCUUCAAGUCGUCACUGCUGAACAAGUCACAGUUGUUGCGGGUACAAAUAAUUUAACAUUAGGAGGAACACAAUACAAAGCAAAACGUCUAGUUGUUCAUCCAAAUUUUGAUCUGAGAAAAAUAGCCGGUGACAUUGGUUUACUUGAAAUUAAUGGAACAAUAACAUUUAAUGCAAGAAUUGGAAAAGUAUCACUUCCAUCUACUGAUGUUUCGGAUGCCAAUACACGAGUUGUUGUUUCUGGUUGGGGAAAAACUUGGGUAUUUGGAAAAGUUUCACUUGUAUUGAAAUCUUUAGAAACAAGAAUUCUUAGGCAUACAUUCUGUCGACUUUUCAAUGUUAUGAGAAUAACUGAUAAAAAUAUUUGUACAAUUAGUAGAAUUGGAAAUGGAGUUUGUCACGGUGAUUCUGGUGGUCCAUUAGUUGCUAAUGGUGUUCAAAUUGGAGUUGUUUCAUGGGGACUUCCAUGUGCUUUAGGAGCACCUGAUGUAUAUACACGUGUAUAUAGUUACAAGGAUUGGAUCGACGGUUAUGUUAAGAACUAAAUAAUUUUGAUACAAAUAGAGAAAAUAAAUUUUUAAAUGACCUAAAAACUGAUUCUCUUUAGAUACUAAUUAAAAUUAUUAUACGUAAUAAUUUUUGUAUUCUUCUACUACGAAAACUCAAUUUGUAAAUAAAUCAAUAAAUUUAGUUACUAUUUACAGAAA